UGUUACCAAGGACCAUUUUUUCCAUUAUACACUUUUUCCCACAACAACCAGUUAAUCUAUUAACUGCUUAACCUUCUAUGGCGAAAUUUGAUAUUGGAAAAAAUGGUCGAUGGAUCAACGUAUACAUUGUAUACCUCAAAUUUAAUUUAUACCCAAGGCAUUUUGUUCUUUGGAAAACGAUUACUUGGAUCAACUGUCAUUUGGAAUUGUUUACAUUUUAAAAAGUUUAUAAAUACCAAUCAACAGCACUAUUCCUACGUGAAGUUUUUUAUUUAUAUCUAUGAAAAAAAUAGUUUUUGGUAAAUUAUAAAAAAAUACAUUAGUUAGCAAUCUAGUUUAUUAUAUAUAUCUGUGGCAGUAUCUUACUCCUUAUAUUUUUAUAUAAGAACUCUAUAGUGACCGCUUUUUUUAUAGCUCCGUUUACCGUUAGCUCAUUAAGAAAGUAGCAACCAUUAUAUUAUAGAUUUAUAAAGUCGUAUUUCAAAAUUAUUAUCCCAUAAAUUCCCAUGUAAAUUUAUAUUAUCACGCAUAUUGUGUCAAGUGUUAACCAAUCGGCAAUUCGUCAACUAUCUACAAGUUUAAGCUACCCAUCAAGGCCUUAGAAGAUUUAAGGCCUCUACCUAUUGUAGAAGAUCGAAUUCCAUUAUGUACUUUAAUAAGUAACGGUUUACUUCAAAAUGUAGAUAAUGCCAUUGUUUGUAAUAUUAAAGAAAUAUGGACAUUGAAUACAAAGAUCUUCACAGAGAAGCAAUAUCCAACCAAACAGGUUCAUCACUAAUAGAAAUAUAUAUGACACUAUUUUCACUACCUGUUCAUGUGAUUUUAGUUGCUUGGAUAUCCAUAACCACUGAUUACUGCAUACAUUUAAAUGAGUUAACAAUCAGAAAGUUUUUAUUUGAGUUUAUGAUAUUGAUAUUUCCAAUUAUCUUAAAUUUCACAAUUUUUUCUAAUUAUGUUACUACUCAAUUUAUAAGUUACUUUAUUUUUGCUCUAUUUCCAUUUUGUUAUCUUUUAUUAAACCAUAAUUAUUUGUCAUCAAUCAACAUUAAAAUUAAAAGAAUUCCCUAUAUAAGUUUAUAUAGAUUUAUGCUAAACACUUACACAGUGUUUUGUAUUCUUGCUGUUGACUUUAAUAUAUUUCCAAGACGAUUCGCUAAAACCGAGAAAUAUGGUCACAGUAUAAUGGAUAUUGGUGUUGGAUUGUACGUGUGUUCCAAUGCACUUCUCUACAAUACACCAAAAGUACACAAUUUUCUUAAUUAUUAUUUAAAAAUCUUUAAACAAGUGUUACCAUUACUCGUUUUAGGCAUUGGUCGUAGCUAUUUUGUAAGUAAGGUAGAUUACAAUCAUUAUGUAUUUGAGUAUGGUGUUCAUUGGAAUUUCUUCAUAACGUUAGCAUUUCUUAAAAUUAUAAACUUAAUGAUACUACCAUUUAUUAGCAAGUGUUGUCUCCCUAUUUUAGCAACAGUAUUAGUUGUCUUCUAUCAGUUAUCUUUGAGCUUUGGUCUAGGGGACUGGAUUAUGAGUGAUGCACCUAGAGAUACAUUCUUUUCUGCAAAUCGAGAGGGUAUCAUGUCUACUUUUGGUUAUGAAGCAAUAUUUUUAUAUACCUUGUCUGUCAAAUGGCACAUGUCACAUUUUAUAAAAAAAGGAUUCUUGAUAAAUAGCUUGUUUCUUUUGCUUGAGAAUUUUAUUAUUGCUCUUACAUUAUUUUUUGUUACUAUUAGUAUGGAUUGUCUAUUUGGUGUUUCUAGGCGGCUAGCAAAUGCUGGUUACGUUUAUUGGAUAUUAUCGAUAUCUUCAUACUUAUUAUUUAUGUCAAUUUUUAUAGAAAACUUUAUUACUGUGCUGCUGCAUAAAUAUAAAAUGUUUAAUGAAUUUACAGGGUUUUCUUUAAUUAUUGAAGGUGUGAAUAAAAAUUUAUUACCAUUUUUCUUGUUCUCAAAUCUUAUGACUGGUGCUGUAAAUAUGUGUUUUUAUACAUUGAAAAUGAACAAUUUUAAUAGUUUAGCACUUUUAUCUCUAUACACGUGUGUAAUUUAUAUUACUGUAUACUUCUUACAAAAAAACAAAAUUAAAUUAAAACUUUAAAUAGAUGUAUAAUAUAUUUUAUUUAUUAUUAUAU